UCACAGAUCAGAGCACUAGCUAGCUAGCUAGCUUUUGCUCCUACAUCUUCACUUCAGUACCACACCGGCUUAGCAAAAGCCAGCUGCAAGCUAGUAGGAUCGAUCGACCACCAUGGCGUCGUCGUCCAAGGCCCUGCUCUUGCUCGCUGUCCUCCUCGCAUCCGCCGUCCUCCUCGCCGCCGCCGCCGACCAACCUCAUGGCAAGGAGCAGAAGAAGACGGAGAGCGGCGGCGGCGCGGGCGUCCAGGACUGGCACGACGACCACGGUGGGGGCGGCCAUCACGGAGGUGGCGGCGGCGGCUACCCCGGUGGGCAGUGCCAUCACGGAUGCUGCGGCGGCUACGGAUACCACGGCGGCUGCCGCCGUUGCUGCGCGACCGCCGACGAGAAGCCGGACCCCAUGUACCGCCCCGAGGCGCACAACUAAUUAAGUCUCAGACGAUCGUCCGACGUACGUACGUACGGCCGGCGCCGGAGCUCGCUAGCAACGUACGCAGCAACUAAACCAAGUGAAUACUGAAUAAUGAAAAUGUGUAUGCCAGCACGUAUAUAUGUGUACAUAUAAAAGUCUGUGCACGUAUAUGUAUAUAUGGACCACGUACGUACGUAUGUAUCUGCGUGCAUACGGCGGCGGGGUUUGUGCCGAUAUAUGUUACUAUACAUGAGUAUAUGUCAAUAAAAACUAGUACUAGUACUUCUAAUA